AUGUCUUCCCUUCGUCCUGAAGAGCGCAGAGCGCAGAACAGGUCUCCGUACGAGAACCCUCACUCAUCCGUUGACUCGGUUGCAAGUAUUGGGCUUGAGAAGCCAGAUCCAACUGUCAUCGACUGGGAGGGACCCGAUGAUGUCCUGAAUCCCCAGAAUUGGGGACCGCGGACGAAGCUCGCUCAUGUUCUGCUCGUCAGCUCCUUUACUUUGUAUUCCAACUUGGCUGCCGUUAUGUUUGCCCCCGGAGCCCAGUAUCUAGUUGAAGAGUUCGGUAUCACCAGCUCGAUGGUGGCAUCGUUGACUGUGUCCAUCUACGUCCUAGGAUACUGCGUGGGACCAUUCCUCAUCGCGCCUUUAUCAGAGAUCUAUGGCAGGGUUGCUGUUUAUCACGUCUGCAACCUCACGUACGAAGUGUUCACCGUCGGAUGCGCCCUCAGCACGAACUCAUCCAUGUUCCUCGCCUUUCGAUUCCUAGCUGGCUGUGCCGGUGCAGCUCCGAUGGCUGUUGGGGGCGGGACCAUUGCAGACAUGUACAACGCCGACGAGCGUGGCAAGGCGAUGGCACUCUUCAGUCUUGGCCCUCUGUUGGGUCCGGUCGUUGGGCCCGUAGUAGGAGGAUUCUUGACUCAAUACAGCGGCUGGCGCUGGACGUUCUGGGUCAUCUUCAUCUUGGCUGGUGUCGUAUCACUGAUCGGCGUCGUGAUCAUGCGCGAGACAUUCGAACCCAUCCUCCUUGGCCGAAAGGCCGCAUAUCUGCGCAAGACCACGGGCAACGGACGACUUCGAGCACGAACGGCGAAGAACAUAACUCAAAAGCAACUACUAUGGAAUGCCAUCGCUCGGCCUACCAAGAUGCUCAUCUUCUCGCCGAUCAUCUUACUCUUGUCUCUCUACUGCGCCCUCAUGUUCGGGCUUACCUAUCUGCUUUACACGACCUUCCCAUCCGUUUUCCAAAUCAAGUAUGGCUGGGGUCCCAGUCUGGCAGGCCUAGCCUACCUUGGUCUUGCGAUUGGAAUGAUAUUCGGUGUUGGCCUUGUCGGCGCCGUGAGUGACAAGCAGAUCAAGAAGGCAAAGGCUACCGGUGCACCCGCCCGACCAGAGAUCCGCCUCCUACUAUCCGUCUGGUUGGCACCUGUUGUCUCUGUCGGCUUCUUUUGGUACGGAUGGAGUGCCAAUGGUGACACUCACUGGAUUGUUCCCGUUCUCGGGACAUUCGUGAUUGGGUUCGGGUCCUUCAUCAUUCUCAUGCCGUCCCAGAUCUACCUGGUGGAUGCGUUCGGUGCUGAAGCCUCUGCAUCUGCAUUGGCUGCAAACACGUUCAUGCGUAGUCUGUUCGGGGCCUUCAUGCCUCUUGGUGGUCCGUCUUUGUAUAAGAGUCUGGGUCUUGGAUGGGGCAACAGUCUGCUUGCAUUCAUUGCCAUUGCGUUUAUUCCCGUCCCUUUCUUAUUUUACAAGUAUGGCGAGCGUCUCAGAGCGCGGUUCCCUGUAGACUACUAG